AUGAAAUUUGAACUGUUACCAAAUGAAAUACUCAUUGAAUGCUUUCAAUAUCUCAAUGCACCCGAUAUCUUUCAUUCAUUUGAUCGAUUAAACUAUCGAUUCUAUAUACUUAUUCGAAACAUUGAUUUACAUCUCAAUUUUGAACAAGUUAAAAAGUCUUCGUUUAAUGAAUUUUGUCAAACAAUACUAAUAAAUCCGAAAAUAAAACGAAACAUCAUUUAUUUAAAAUUAUCAAAUAUAGGUACAUGUGAACAGAUUCAAUCAUUUUUGUCAUUAUUUUCAUUAAAUGAAUUUAUUCACCUUCGAUCAUUAUCAUUUAUUGGCACGCUUCAUUAUCAUAUUGAAUACGAACAAGUCUCACCUAUGUUAACCUUAUUACCUGAUUUAUAUCGGUUUUAUGCUCCUGGAUGGAAGAUAGAAGCAGAGGUUAUAUCUAAAUCGAAAAUACAAGUGCUAACAUUAGCAAACUAUUGUCUAACAUCUAUUUAUGGAACAUCGUCAGUUAUGUCAUUAAGAAUUCAUUUGUGUACUGUAUCUCAAUUACUAUCAAUAUUGAAUUAUACAUCGAUGUUAAAAUAUAUAAAAAUCGACUGUUUUGGUGGUAAUAAAGAGCAAUAUGAUUACAACGUGGACUAUAAAUAUGAUUUUAGUAAUAUAUGUGCUGUUCAUUUGAAACAUUUACAUAUAGAUGAGUGUCGAAUUUCUUUUGGACGUUUCGAACUGUUGUCAAAAUGUUUUCCAAAUUUGAAAAUCUUUUCAAUCGCUUCUGAAUAUGGUAAUGAUAUGAUUGAUGCUAAUCGAUGGCAGCAUCUCAUCAAAUCUUCCUUACCACUAUUACGUAUAUUCAACUUCGACUUUCAUUAUUGCCAUUCUGAUUCUUACGAUAAUAUGUUGAUCAAGCUUUCACCAUUUCAAACUGAUUUUUGGCAUCAACACAAUUGGUAUAUCAAUUAUGCAGUCGAUAACGAAUUUACAUCAGUUUAUACUAUACCAUAUUCAUCUACUCACUAUACAUUAACACCUACUAUGAAGAAAUACAAUAGUCCAUCGACAAAUGGUUUAAAUGAAUAUGAUAAUGUUAAAUAUUUAUCUUUGUUUUCAAACGCAAUCAGAGAUGAUUCAUCAUGGUAUUUUCGAAAUGUUCGAUCAUUAAGAUUAAUAAAUGCUGAUCGUUAUGAAGAUGAUAAGAAUGAAUUGAAAAUAGAACAUCUGAAGAAGAUGGUCAACUUAUCAAAUAUUACAAAAUUAGAAAUUAAGAAAAAAUGUAUAAUUACAUCAGAGUUACUGUUUGAAAUAUUGAAGCAAAUGCCAAAUAUAUCGUCAUUAAUAUUAAAGAAGCAAAUAACAAGCUCAUUUUACACCAAUCACGAACUCUGUGAACUUUUGAACAAAAAGAUUAAAAUGUUGGAUUAUACUAAUCCAUCUUGUUAUCAUUAUAUUAAAAUCCAAGAUUUAGAUUGGUUUUGUAAAACGUUUUCAAAUGUCGAAGAACUUCAUUGUGAUAUCGAUAAUGUUGAUGAUGUUUUAUUUAUAUUAACAAAAUGUUCUGAAUUAUCAAUAAUAAAAAUCAAAUGCGUUAAUAAAUCAAUCUAUACAUGGUUUGAAGACAACGCAAGAACACUAAAUGUUUACCUUGAUUAUAAAGAAAAAUAUUAUGAAGAAUAUUAUACUACACCAUCUGAUUCAGAUUAA